AGCAGUUAGCGCCGCCGUCCGCGCUCGGGCUCCCAGCGCGCUCGCAAGCUGCUGGGGCGGCGAGUUUUCCUGACUCCGGCCCCUCCUUCAGCCCUCUCCGCGGAGAGCUGGGCAGCAGCCUAAGCGCCCCGUGCAAGUCUCUCUCACACUUCCUUGCUGUCUCCCCAAAGGAGCAGCCGCUCCUCCUCGCGCCCUCCACCGCCGCCACCGCGCCUGCCGAGCUGUUCUCCCGCGCGCGGCUACACCGAUGGAUCCCUGGUGCCGCCAACACCGCCGCUGCCCCGAACCCUGAGCGUGGUUACUCCGGCCGGAGGAACCGGUUGCCCAGCUGAAGGGCGCAAGGCGCCGACACGCACGCGGAGGGCCGGGGGUCGCGAGGACUGCCGAGCGCGGGCUCCGAGAACGAGAAAGUGCUGCUCUCCCGGGUCACUGGGCCGGCGGCGGGGGGGUGGGGGGAUCAUGGCUCUGAAGGACACAGGCAGUGGCGGCAGCACCAUCCUGCCCAUUAGCGAGAUGGUCUCCUCGUCCAGCUCGCCCGGUGCGUCGGCAGCCGCCGCCCCGCGGCCCGGAGCGUCCUCGCCCUUUCCUGAGGUGGUGGAGCUGAACGUGGGCGGACAGGUCUAUGUGACCAAGCACUCGACGCUGCUCAGCGUCCCGGACAGCACUCUGGCCAGCAUGUUCUCGCCUUCUAGCCCCCGGAGCGGCGCCCGGCGCCGAGGCGAGCUGCCCAGGGACAGCCGGGCGCGUUUCUUCAUCGACCGGGACGGAUUCCUUUUCAGGUACGUGCUGGAUUAUCUGCGGGACAAACAGCUCGCGCUGCCCGAGCACUUCCCUGAGAAGGAGCGGCUCCUGCGCGAGGCUGAGUACUUCCAGCUCACCGACCUGGUCAAGCUGCUGUCGCCCAAGGUCACCAAGCAGAACUCGCUCAACGACGAGGGCUGCCAGAGCGACUUGGAGGACAACGUCUCGCAGGGCAGUAGUGAUGCGUUGUUACUGCGCGGGGCGGCGGCCGCCGCGCCCUCGGGCCCGGGAGCGCACAGCGGCGGCGCGCCGGACAAGCGCUCGGGCUUCCUCACACUGGGCUACCGCGGCUCUUACACCACGGUGCGCGACAACCAGGCGGACGCCAAGUUCCGACGCGUGGCGCGCAUCAUGGUGUGCGGGCGCAUCGUGCUGGCCAAGGAGGUCUUCGGUGACACUCUCAAUGAGAGCCGCGACCCCGACCGGCCGCCGGAGAAGUACACGUCCCGUUUCUACCUCAAGUUCACCUACUUGGAGCAGGCGUUCGACCGCCUGUCCGAGGCCGGCUUCCACAUGGUGGCGUGUAAUUCCUCGGGCACCGCCGCCUUCGUCAACCAGUACCGCGAUGACAAGAUCUGGAGCAGCUACACUGAGUACAUCUUCUUCCGACCGCCUCAGAAAAUAGUGUCACCUAAACAAGAACAUGAAGAUAGGAAACAUGAGAAAGUCACGGAUAAAGGCAGUGAAAGUGGAACCUCCUGUAACGAGCUGUCCACUUCCAGUUGUGACAGCCACUCAGAGGCAAGCACUCCACAGGACAACCCAUCCAAUGCCCAGCAGGCAACAGCUCACCAACCCAACACCUUAACCCUGGAUCGCCCCUCCAAAAAAGCACCUGUGCAAUGGAUGCCCCCACCAGACAAACGGAGAAACAGUGAACUCUUUCAGACACUCAUCAGCAAGUCCCGGGAAACAAAUCUUUCGAAAAAGAAAGUCUGUGAGAAGCUGAGUGCAGAAGAAGAAAUGAAAAAGUGUAUUCAGGAUUUUAAAAAGAUCCACAUUCCAGAUUAUUUUCCGGAGCGCAAACGCCAAUGGCAGUCUGAACUGUUACAGAAGUAUGGGUUAUAGUAGUUAUCACAACCCUGCAGUACUUCAAUAAUGUUCAAUGUUUACUACACUGUCACUGCCUGGCUGAUGUCCUAACAAUGGUCAGUGUGAUUCUUGCUGCUUUUCCUUUCUGUGAACAGUGGAUGUGGAACAGUAUUUUUGUUCAUUCUAUUUUUGUUUUUAGAAAUAUAAUAAAAAAGAGAAAACAAAAUCAGUAUAUGUUGAAUCAAAAUUGCAUAUUGGAUUCAAACCAUUUUACAAGAAUGAAAGUAAAAUGUGCAUGAUCAGGAAUCUUAGAAUCUUGAUUUUUGAACUGUGGUCAACUGGACAUGUUUGUCAUUUUGCAUCUCACCAAAUACAAAUUUUCAUAUCACAUCAACUAAAAUGACAAUAUGGAUGAAGCACCAUCAAGUAAAAUUUUAGAGGAUGGUUAUAGAUCCAAAUCCAAAACUGUUUAAAUGCUUAAUGCAAUAAAACAAGUAUUAUUUUCUGCAUGAAUACAAUGUUACAGAUAAAUCACAAGAAAUAAGGGAAGAUCUGUUUGUUGCUUGGAAGAAAAAAAUGCAAAAAUAAAGCAAAAAAAAAAAAAGUUUCAGACAAAGCCUGUAAAUGUAAGCUGUCUAGGAGACUGAAUUUUCUUUGUUCCAGAGCUGUGAUUUUUGUGUGUAUGUGUAUGGUGUUCUAUAUAUUAAGAAGGUGUAAAUAUGCCUUAUACUAUUGUGUUAUGGCACCAACAUUCAUCUAUUAAUGCUAGUCAUCAUUAUUUCUGUGAAAUGAGUCCUUUACAUCAGGCUGUGAAAAUUGGUAUAAUGAUGUUCUGAAAGAUCCUGUUAUGUUAAUCAAAAUAAUUGAGAGAAAAUGGUAAAAAGCUUUAUGAAUUUAUUAAAAAAGGAAAAUGUAUUAGAA